AUGACAGAUCCAGACAGCUCCUACCGCCCUCGUUCCCCCGAUUUCUCCUCCUUCCAGCCUGCCUACUCCGCCCCCGUCAACACCGCCUACCAACCGCCCGCGCCAUAUCCCCUGGCCAGUCCGAUCGCCCAGCGCGCUUCCUACGACGCUUCUCCGUUCUUCUCCCCACAGUACCAGCAGCGGCCUCCCGUCGUCAACAGCCGCAUUCCGCAGCAGUACGUGCCGCCGUCUGCUCCCUACGACGCCAACUCCGACAUGUCUCGUCGCACCACCCGGUCAUCUACCGCCGCCCAACAGCAGGCCCAACAGGGACAACAGGCCGUCUUCGAGACUCGCAUCCCACCUGCCCCUCCGGCGCAGCCAGUGGAGCCGCCGAAGCCCAAGCCCUGGGAUGGAAUCGAAGUCAAGACCAAGUUUCCGGUGGCGCGCAUCAAGCGGAUCAUGCAGGCCGAUGAAGACGUGGGCAAGGUGGCACAGGUCACUCCCGUCGCAGUGUCGAAAGCACUGGAGUUGUUCAUGAUCUCGUUAGUCACCAAGGCUGCGAAAGAGGCCAAGGAUCGCAAUUCCAGACGGAUAACAGCCCUUCACCUGAAGCAGGCCGUCGCCAAGGACGAGGUCCUGGACUUCCUGGCCGACAUCAUCGCCAAGGUGCCGGACCAGCCGGGCAAGAAGGGCGACGAUGACGGCAGCGAUCACAACGAGGGGAAGAGGAGAUCGGGCGGAGGACGGAGGAAAAAGGAGAUCGAUAGCGACGACUUCUAG